UUCGCGCGCUUACCAACACUACAUAACAGGUACAAGGUGCUUGGGGUACCUAAAGCAUGAAUGAAAAAGGCAGGUGUAAACAAACCAUCGCAACAGAGGAAUACAAAAUACAAUAUUAACCAAAAUAAGCCCAGAAUGACGGAGCUGUGUCGUGCCUGCAUGCUGAGUUCCCAAGGCAUGAUCAACAUAUUCGCUGGAGCCCCGGAAUCAGGAAUUCCUAUUGUGGACAUCAUAGCCCACUAUACGGGACUGGACGUCAAGCGGGGAGAUUCAUUUCCCGAGACCAUUUGCCCAGUGUGCCUGCAGGAUGCUCGAGAUUCAUAUAGCUUUAUAGCAUCCUUUGAGGAUGGCCACCAGUUCCUCGCUCAAGUGAAGCAGGAGAAGGGCGGUUUUGAGCAGGCAUCACUGGAGGAAGAGGCCAAACAGAUCCUGCACUGCCAGGUGAAGCGGGAGUUUCUCGAGGAGCCUUUGCCGGAGGAGGUGGUGUGCGACAUAUCCGACAGUCACAGUGAGCAGUCGCAUUCCACUCAAGGGAUCGGCUACCCAGUAGAGAAGGAGAAACCUACUGGAGGCAGGGCAAUCCUUGAUAGUGACGAGGACUUCAGUGCGGAGGGGGCGCUCCCCUUCAAGUGCCCUCUCUGCCAGAAGAGCUUUCGGCGCGAAUGGAGCCUUCAGGUGCACGAACGCUCUCACGUUGGCCUUUGGCCAUUCAAAUGCACCCAGUGCUCCAAGCCCUGCCGAACAGCCAGAGAUCUUAGUCUCCACAAUCGGAUUCACACCGGCGAACGUCCAUAUAAAUGCGAUUACUGCGAGAAGGCGUUCAGGGAACGCCAGGGGCUGAAGUUCCACGUGCGGGUGCACACCGGAGAGCGGCCCCAUAAAUGCAGCUACUGCGAGAAGACCUACAAGGAGCGGAAGUCCCUGAGGGUCCACACCCGGAGCCACACGGGCGAACGGCCCUACAAGUGCGCCCACUGCCAGUCCACGUUUGCGGAUCCCUCAAGCUUUCGGGGACACGUCCGCAUCCACGCGAGGAAUCCCAUGUAAUACUUCAAAACGAUCUCGAAUAUGAUUUUGCUUUAGGCUAAAAGUACAAAAUAAGAGGAUGAGCUGGUAUCUCUGUGACUGACAUUACAACUAAAUCU